AUGGCCAAACGCACCAGGGACGGCCCUUUCUACGGCAAUUUCGAAGGGUGUUGCACCCUGUGCACCCGCAGGGAAGGCUGCGUGGCGUGGUCGGCGACGGACGACCCGAGCAAGGCCCUCGUCAACGGGAGCAGGUGUGUCCUGUACUCGUCGGUGACUCGCCAGCCUGUGGAGGACAAGCAGCUCAAGAGAGCCGUGCGCAGCGGGACGCCGAGGGCGGAGGAGUCAAUGACGUACCUCGGCCCCUCCAUGUCGAUCGCCAGAAGGUGGUGCACAGAGGACAACGGCAACAUUCUGGGCAGCGGCGGCAGACGUUUCACAGUGGUGGCGGCUAGGGAGACGACGAUCGAGGAAAACAAACGAGAGCAAGGAGACCGAGAAACAGAAGAGGAGGAGGUUGCCGUGGCAGCUUUAGCAGGCCUGGAGUGGGAUGCGCUACCCCUGUGCAGGCCCGGCGGCGGUGUCCCCACAACACCACUGCCUCGUGAAGGGCGGUGGGUCAGUCUUCGUGACACCAAGUGCAACCUCUCGCCUGAAAUGGUGGACCUGUGGGGCUGGCCCACGUACGACAAGGACAUGUUCGGAAGCGCUGCGAUGCCAGAGGCGUGUUUCCUCAAGCCUGCUGACAGACGAAAACCCACAGGGGAGCUCAAGCAUGCUCAAGGGGGGUAUACAUGGCAGCCCUACGACUGUCGCUACGACCUCAUGGAUACGGACACCCGACUUAGCUGUUUCCGCGAAAAGAACAUCACUAGGUUCCUUGACUUCGGAGACAGCCUGAUAUCUACCGGCAGGAUGGCACGAACCGCGUUGUGGCUUCCUACCGCGGAUUCCUCGGUGUGGUCCACGGGAGGAGGGGAGAAGAAGAUUGGGGAAGGGGCGAAAGAGUCAGGUUGCGUGGGCGGGCCGAUCCAGUACUACGGCGAGGCCCGCCACCAGGAUGACCGCGACGGGUCGGGCUCGACUGCCACAACGAACCGGUACUGCGGCGUGGAAUCCUACUGGCAGGUUAAGCCGGGCCAAGUCAGGAACCUGUUCAAGCCGGAUGUUGUCCUGGCGAACUGGGCACUGGUGCAUCGAUUGUGGCACCACACGCUCGACGAAUUCCAGACGUUUCUGAAGCAGCUAGGCCGGCAGCUUGACGGCAUGACAGAGCAAGACGGACACAGACCCAGAUACACGUUCUGGCUUUCGGCUCCCUUCUUGGUGAGCGAGAGAGAACCGCACUGUGUGCUUGAACGAGGCCUGCAGUUCACGAAGGCGUUGAGAGGCCUGCUGGAGCCAAGGGGUUGGAUCGAGAUAAAUUGGGUCAGCAUGACGCGGAAAUGGGGAGUGGAUAUCUUGGACGGCAUGCACCACGGAGAGCCGGCAACCCGAAUGCUGGCGUACUUGUUGAUGCACCACGUAUGCCACGCUUCCGAUAGCGACCGAUAGCACUUCAGCUCGUGGACAACAACCACACCCACGACCACCGGUGGCCUUCAGAGAAGCUUGGAAAACCUCAAUGCUCCCGAAAUGGGGUCCUGGCGGCUUGGAAGUCGUGAAGAUUAUUCAGAUUCCCUUCGAUAUUGCUGGGAGCAGGAACGAUGAGGCAAUCUCCCUGCUUGGAUUGCGUCGGCGUGUAGCCACGCUCUCGGCGCCUCUUGGGGUGCACGACCCCCAAGAGUUUAUUUUUCAAGGGACGCGAGGCGGUAUUGGUGUUACCGUGUUAUUUAAGUAAGCGCCGUCCGCACGAAACAACGCGUCGUAAUCGGCAGGUCGAUUUUUUUCGUACACAAGGGGCAUGUGUGAGAAGUAGCCAGGCAGGGGAGAAGAAUAGGCGGUGAAUACAUCAUCCCGAUCAGGCACUAGGCAUACGUAUAUCUCUGCAGUCUAUCUUUGAGCCGAGUUGACGUUCGUCGGUUGUUAAUCUCACUUUCAGUUAUAUGUGUUAUUUAAUGGUCUGCAAUAGUUUCCGUGACCUUGCGUUGAAGAGCGGUUGGCCGCCGUUCUUGCGGUUUUGCCUUGUCCAACGUCCCACCUGUUGCUGCGAUUUUCUGGACUACAUUACUUGUGGUAUUUUUUGUUGUGGUAAUAAAAUCGUUUUUAGCGUCGUCGUGAUUUUCUGCUGUCGAACGUUGUUUAGGUCAGCGAUGCCGUAGAAGACGUCUCCUGUCGAUUGGACAAGCAUGGAUUCAGAGGGUACCGAGCAAGUACUCAAAUGAUUGGCUUUGGGUGUAAAGAUAACGACAUACACAGCAGCACCAACGCACUGUCAGCCUAAAACCACGCGCUUGGGAUUUGCGCGACGGAAAUUUAAAAAGGUUUUGGCGACGAAAAUUCUACAAGGUUUUCUGGGGCGUUGGGAUUGCUAGGCAGGCUACCCGCCUUGUCACGGAAGCAGUGUUUAGCCUAUCGUGUGACAGUGGAAUAGUUGGCGUGA